GGACACAAUUUCUUGUCGAAUAAAAAGUGUCAGAAACGAUGUUGUUGAGCAGAUAUUUUCACUGGUGCGUCUGAAUAACAAGGAGGGAUUCAGAUUGAAUAAUGGCUGCUUCGCGAUGCGCUUCGCGGCGCGCGGUGCAGCUGUUUGUGUGGCAAUGGUCAACUACAAGCGUUAGAAGUUCAGGGGCGUUACCGAGUCCUCGAGCAGUUCCACUGGGCCUUCCCCCAAGUGUGACUACUGAACGAAAAACGACGUCGAAUGAGCAGAACGGAGGCAGCAUACCAUCCUCUACUUCAGGAAGGACGACCGAGGACGACAAGACAAGUAGCGGCAGAGCAGGAUCUUCACCACGAAAGAGCGAGGUCAAGGCAAGUAAGCGGAGCCAAGAACCACAGAUUGUGGCGGCGCACCUGCGCAAAAAUACUAGGAAUGAAGCUGGUGGUGGCGCGCCAACAUCCUCAUCCCUGGAAACUAGUGGACAAAAAAGCUUAACAUCUUCGUCCGAAAUAUACGACAUAGGAGGACGCAGGUCGACGAUGUCAAGAAAAAUUUCACCACCACCUAGAGGUCCCUCUGGAAGAAGGGGUAUUAGGAAAAAUGACAAAGCGGAAGUCGCGGAAUCUCCACCAAGCUUGGUGGUCGUAGAGAAAAUGUCUUUCUUGGCACCAGCAGAGGGAAUGAGAAACCCGCUUUCUCUACAAAGAAAGUUCGUUACGUCCCACGGAGGAGGUGGAGCACGGACAAAAGCAGCCAGAGCAUCAAAUAGCACAGGUGUACCGGACUGCGAUUUGUAUAUGGUAUGGCUAGGUGGAGACGAAAUUUAGAAGAACUCCGAUAGUUCGCUUUCGGUUACAAACUGGAAACCCUGAUCUCUUUCUCUCUGUUUGUUUAGCCACGACCGGAUGUCAAGAUGCGUGUCUUUAAGUUUUGAGAUCUCAUGUGCUCUGUGUAUUGCGCUGUGUCUCCCAGUAAUGCCUCUCUCUUUUGUCCCCCUUUCUUGUCCCUCUCCUUUCAUAAGCUCAUCGAGGUGUUGGACCUAUUGUCGAUGCUCCUAGUUGUGUCGACGCCUGCAAAAGCGAGUACUACCGGGGAGUCUGCGGCGUCAACUCAAAUUGGGUUUAUGGAGCACGCGGCCAUUAGAUAGUCGAUGUGUGUACAUAUUGGACAUACGCGGUUAUUAGAUAGCACGCACCUACUAAAUUGGGAGAUCUGUCCAUUUAGAGUUCACAUGACACUUUACCGUCUUUCACUUUAUUUUAUGCGUAGCAAUUUAAAUCCACCAGUACCAUCAUAAUAGAUCGGAAAGAACUACAUUUGUAUCUUAUCUAUCAAUAGGAAAAAUUUACAUCUGGUUUACAGCUUAUUAUAGACACUUGUCAAACUUGUAGUUGUAGUCCUAGUCGUAAUACAAAUAAUCGAUUCGGACUAUCGUCCCUGUUCUUCAUGUCGAAGUGCAGGCGACCACAUGGCCAGAGACGAACGAAUGCCAGUGCCUGAAGAAUGGCACCCUAUGCGCGAACGCGGAUCCAGCGGUAACCUGGGUCUGGAACCAGAUUUGCUUCACGAGUCGCGUCGCAUCCUUAACCUCCAAUACCACUGGAACAGUUAAGAGCAAAGACUUUUUCUUUUGACGAAGAUAAAGAUAGCUGAUUCAUUGUUGGUAAGCGAACUUUCUUGCAAUAACAACUCCGGGAAGUUCUUGUCCACUUGUUGUUUUGUGGUUCACUAGUACAACAUUCAUUUACCAGAAUUACCAUCUUCUAACUGCCGCGUCGGAACGGGAAUAGCCUCGGCUUCUGCAGGCACGUCGACCCUGUUGUUGUUCUUUCUGCCGUUGGUGCUCUUCGUCAUGUGCUUUUUCUGCCUCAUAUACUAUGUGGCGACUGUCCUUCUCCAGGGAAUGUUCGCGAACAUGCUAAAGAAACCAUCCUGAAAUUGAAAAAAACUUUUAGUACUUCCAUGAAGAAUAUAUUAGAGGUUACAGUCAAUAGGAAUAUUAGAAACAAUAUUACAUAGCCGUUUUUUGAGAAUUAGUCACCAGUGUUGUUGAAUGAAAUUGCUAGUCGCCAAGACCCACACCAUUAUUGUUGAAGAAAUUAGGCUAGAUCAUGAUCGUUUUCGUUAUUGUCUCUGAGUUUUAAUGAGAUGGUAAUAACAAGCAUAGAAACGUGCCAGAGAAAGCCUGGUGAGUCGAUGAAUUUCAAUUCUGUUGGACCAAGUAUAAUCAUCUGCUAGAUUACUUAUGUGGCUUUGAGUUUCUUAAGUGUUUCAAGUAAAGGCGCAAAAGGCAUAAGAGACUGAAAUGGUGCUUUCUCACAGUGCUCAAGCAUGCACCUUCCAUAGAUAACGGACAUCGCAGUGGCGGUAUAUAGAAAUUGUUUGGAAAACUACAAUAAUUUUUUUGUACAUGAUGAUCAUGAUGUUAGUGGCGCUGUAUAUACGGAUUUUAGUAGGGGCAUGAUGUUGAGCACACAUUUAACGAAAAGUACUAUCAUAUCUAUUGGUUAAUAGUGCUAUACUUCAAAUCUUCAUCAUUGAUAUGGGAUUUUCAUUUUCUCACUUCUUCACCAAGUGGAGCAUAAUUCGCAUGAAGUUCGAUCGAAAAUAGUCUUCCUGGACGUUCUUGUCUGUUCCUUCGAAGCUCCAGCUUGCUUCUAAUCAUCCUUACCUCGGUUUUCCUUCGAGAAUUCCUCACUAACAAACAGAGCAAUCACUAACUAUUCAAGAUCAUCAUGAGUGAUUUUCCUGUUUUGUGCAAACAUGUCAACGAAAGAAAUGACAUGAAUGAUGAUCAGCGGGCUGGGUCGCAUGCUUGCGUGUUGG